GCAGCAGUCAGCCAUCGGAGAAACACAGCAAAUCCAACUAAAGGCUGGACACUCAACUGAUCUUCGUGGCGUCUGCGUUCGAGAGCACCUCGUGACUCGGGUCGUCCGCGUGGAAGGAGAAGCCGAUAACCACGUCCCCGACGGGCGAGCGCUCGUUCUUAAAGCAGACCGAGUGCAUUCCUCCCUCCCCGAUAGGGCUCAUGUAUCGUCCAGAUGUGCCCUUGCGCGCGUACACGACCUGAUCCUUGCCGUCCGUCAACUCUGUCUCCAGUUCGUCCGCCACGCCCCUCAGUACCUCGUAGUUCAACGAAAUGCCGUGCUUGAAGCUCUCCGCCUCCACGGAGAAGCAUUCGGAGGCGCCCGACGGUAUCGUCACAUGCAUGGCGAAGACCAGCGGCGCCACAUACACCGCCAACGCUAGCGACAACAGUAGCAUUCGACUCGCCAUCUUCCGGAUCAAUUUGUGUAUUAAUACCUGAACACAAAUCACAAAACCCACUUCAAAUCUCGAGCCUUUUGGCACAAUUAUCGAUCGACAAAGCGGAGCGCUGGACUCCUCAACGACGAUGCAGACUGUACGACGCCAGCUCGAUCGCCUCUUCGCGGUGCACAUGGUCAUCGCAGUGGUGACGGGGGCGCUGUGCUUCUUGACCCCGCACUCGCUCAUGGCUCCCAUGCUUGGAGACGGCAACAACACACACAUGGCACACGAAUUCGUGCGACUUUAUGGCGCGCUGACGCUGGCACAAGGCUGGAUGGUGUGGCGCACGCGGCUCGUGAGCGACGCGCUGAUCCGCCGGACGUUCUGUCAGGCCUACUGUAUCUGCUUCUUGCUGCAAGCGGUGGCGCUACUCCGCGCGCAGAUAGCGUCACCCGAAAGCCACUCAAUGCUGCAUUGGAUUAAUAUUCUGCUUCUUGGAGGCCUGGGCUGCGCUUAUGGCUAUUUCCUCGUCUUUAAGACUAUCAAAGCAUUCGAGCUGCCGGGCAUGGAGAAGGGCUUGUUGUGACCUGAGGAUUCUACUGUAAAUGGACAUACGACACAAGUAAAAGCUUGCUUUGGAGCCUCAUUGUAUUCAUGAAACUUGUAUUGAUGACAAUAGAACCUCUCGAUGCGGUGAAUGGGAUUGCUCAAAUAUUGAGAGGGUCGUCAAACGUACCAGCAGGCGUGUGGGACUCGGUCAGUUGAGUUUCAGUCCGUUGACCGUGAGGAGCAGAAGCAGGCUCCGAAUAAGAGGGAACGCUCAGGCCAACAACUGUACUGGAGGAGUUGGGUGCAACAACACUAGCUGCUGGUGUACUGGGUGCUUGAGUGCUUGUGGAGGCGUGUGGCCCAGAGGAAGCUGACGGCGGGGUACCAGCGGGUGGCACCAGGGUCGGAGAGAUCUUACGCUUCUUCCUCACCUGCAGCACGUUAAUGGGAUUGCCAGCAGUAGCCCCCUCCGAGUUCUGGAGGGCACGUUUGAUGGUAUCCGCUGGUUGUGCUUUUUGUUUAGUCGUGGCGGUCUUUGUCGGUGCGUCCUUUGAGACCUGGGGCUGCGCCUGGUUUCUAGCUUUUUUACGAGCCUUCUUGGGAGUUGCAGACAUUCGCCGCAUCUUGUCCUCGUUAAGCGCCAUUUGGUCUUCAUAAAGCAGCAGUACAACGACAAACCAUCAGUAUUUCGGAGGCUCACACAAAAUAUUUUUUGCAGCUCACCUUUGCGCGGUACGCUUGUGCCG